CGGACGCAGGAUUCCUUGGGGCGAGUGAUCCGCAAGCCGCCGCUGAGGGACCGGCUGCUGAGUAAGCCGCCCUUCCGCUACCUGCACGACGUGAUCCCCGAGGUAAUUAGAGUGACAGGUUUUAUGAAAGGACUUUACACGGAUUUUGAAUUGAAAUCAGAUAACGUUAAGGAAGAAGCUAAACAAAUUCCCGUGGAUCAAUUAGGGCAGAAAUUAUUGGAGAAAAAAGGGGUGUCCUGGAAUAAGAAAUACCGAAAACAGUAUGGAGCAUUACGAAAGUAUUUGCAGAAUCAUCCUCAGAUAUUUCAGUUCAGUCCUGAUGAAAAUAAGGUUGGUCUGAAGGCAAAACACAAGCUCCCGUUUAAGUCCGAUUCUCGAGGACGAGAUCUCCAAAGCCCUCCUCAGAAGAACGAGGUCCAGUGGAAUUCAGAAAAAGAACCUGCAAGGCUAAGGGACAGUUCUGCUGGUUGCCAUUGGUUUGAUCUGAAUGAUUCCAAAGUCCAGCCGAUCAAGGAGAAGGAUAUUGAGAAACAAUUUCAGGGUAAAGAGAGUGCCUACAUGCUGUUUUAUCGAAAAUCUCAGUUAAAAAGACCGCAUGAAGCGCGAGGAAAUCCAAGGUACCAAAUUCCUGAACACCUUCUGAAUGAAAUGAAUGCUGCUAAUACUGAGCUGCAAAAAAAGAGAGCGGAAUGUGACUCGGCAAACAACGGCAUUGAUUUACAUCUCCAUUUGAGCUCCUGUUAUAAAUUUCACCAUGGGGCUUUGCAUCCUUCACGUACUUGGAAAGAGAGUGUUGUGGAUUUGACUAUUGAUAGAAGAAAAACGCUCGGAGAGCUUCGACAAUCAGUGUUCCAGAUGUUGGAAUGUUGGGAAGGAGACAUGAUUCUCAGUAUUGCCAAGCCUUUACCAGCAGGACUGCAUCUUUACCAGAUACUUGAUGGAGAUGAGCUGACACUGGAUGGCGUUGGGCUGGCUGAUGGAGCAGACAUCUUCGUGUGGAAUGGGAAAGAGGUUGGUGGUACAAAGGUGAUGACAGGCCCUGAUCAUGAACCUGUGGUCGUAAACAUUCUUCGUUUAGCGGAGUAUAACGAAGGAGGGAAGGGUCAGCAUUUCACAGAAUCGCAGCACGUCUUUUCACGCAGCACAAAACUGGGUGAUCUGCGCAGAGCCUUAGCACCAUCAGGAGGAAUCAUGCUAAAGAACGGCUCAGGACCGGAUAAAGAAGGCAAGAACUGGGAAGUUUUUCGUGAAGAAGAUAUGAAGGAAACAGUCAAAAGUGUUGGUCUGACGGAUGGGUGCUCAGUACUAAUCUUAGACAGCCAUGACCAGAGCUUCGUGAAUGUGUCAAGUGGCAAUUUGACUGCUUUUACGUAUGACAUCAGCUGGCUCCAAGUUCAAAACUUCUGCAGAACGGAUGACGAAGAGCAACACGUUAAAAUGACUGCCACUAUUGAAACAGUGAUGUCAGAUAUCAAAACGAAAGCAAUACGGGAGCUUCAGCUGGAGGAGGAACUAGCAAAUGACAGCUGUCUUAGACCUGUUAGCGGAAAUGGGAAACUUCUGUCUCCAGUGCCUGAGGAUUAUACCGUCAAGGAAGCGGAACUGAAAAUGGGAAGCCUGCUAGGGCUGUGUCAUGGGAAAGCUCCAGCUUCCACUCAGCUGUUCUUAUAUUUUAUGGUUGGGAGUGACCAAAACGCAAGCCCGGAGAUGGAGAUAGUUGUGGAAGAGACUGCCUCUGUCAAAGAGUGUCUAAAUUUAAUGCUGGAAAAAUCGGGAUUAUCAGGUGACAACUGGCAUUUGAGAAGGGUUGACUGGUGCUAUGAAGCAGGGGAAGCAUUAAGUCAGGAAAAUGCCACUCUGAAGGAACUUAAUGUUUGCAGAGGAGAUACUUUGGUUAUAACUGAAGGAAAGCUUCCAGCAAAGGGUUUCCUGAAAAUACCCGUCUGGUGGUUGAAGCCUUCAAGCCAUAAGAAACAUGGAGAGAAUGCACAAGACCAAGUGAAUGGGAUGACCUGCAAGAUGGAUGCUUUGCAGGUGUCUCCUGCAGGAGAUGCACCAGAAUACCUCCACACCGACACGGAUCUUUGUUAUGCUGGCAGUCUAGAAAUAGCAGGAGAAGCUUCUUUGGAAGAUCUGAAGAUGCAGGCCAUGACCUUACCAUGCUGCCCAGAGCAGAUUGUCCCACUGCCCUCGUUUCUCAGAGCAUGGACAGUGGACAGUAAGCGCCCAGGCAAGCUUUUACGAAACAACAAGCAGCGACUCAACCCCCAGGAACUGCUGCUUCGAGUCCAGAUGGGCAUCCCAGGGGAGAGGGACUACUAUGGCUCCACGGAUUUGGUGUGGGAUAUCUCCAAAGAAUGCACAACCUGGGCACUGAGGCAACGAGUGGCUUCUCACUAUGGUCUCCCUGUAGAUAAAACUGAAAUAGCCAAAUACUUCCCUGAAAGAUUGGAGUGGCUGCCAAUAUCUAGCUGGACACAGCAAAUGUCAAAGAGGAAACGGAAGAAAAAACAGGAGAGUUUACAGUCAGCGCCGUACCACCUGAAAGACGGCGAUAUCAUUGGGGUGAAGAAUCUUCUUCUUGAUGACACUAAGGACUUCAGCACAGUGAGAGAUGACGUUGGAAAAGAGAAACAAAGGCAGCUUGCAUUAGGAAAAAAGAAAAGUCGGCAAGCCGAACGCUUACAGGAGCCUGUUUUCUCUGAGGAGAAGCUGAAUAUUAAGCACCGUAAACCAGAAGUGGCUCUGUCUAUCAAUGUGGGCGUUUUCAGAUAGCACCAGGAGAUGAUUCGCUGAGCAGACCGUACUACAGAUGUCCUCAGUUGGCCUGGAGUACCUCAGCUGGACCGGCAAGAGGGUCUUUCCCGAAGUGUCUUCAGGAAUCACCGAGACAAACUGGAGAUAGGAUUCAGGCUAACUCUGAUUUUCUUCUAAUCUCUCUUGGGGAAGUGCUUUAGCAUCCCUUUAUCCAUGUGGUAUUUCUUCUCAGGCUAGGUAAAUGCACUUUAUCCAUGAGAAAACGGAUUAAUAUAUUGUGUAACCUUUUGGUGACUGUUUUGUA